AUGGUGUUCAAUGGAGGGUCCUUUCAACCGAGUAAGCCGAUCGAGGAGGUCGGAGCAGCCUUUCCAGAUGAUUUACCGGAUACAUGGCUGAAAAUAGCCGAAAUAGUGUGUGGAAAAAGUGAGAUAGAUGUUUAUAUGCAGGCUCUUCUAAAAGAUUUAAAAGAAAUAGAUUCCGGCAAAGUGGAGCUUCCUGAUUCAUCCUAUUCGAUAGAAAGUUUGCUUGAAAACAUUUCCAAUGAUUUAGGUGUAACAUCAUUUGGGCUGAAACCAGUUCCAACCAAGUGUAAAACAAAGAAGAAAGAAAGAUCUUUUUGGACUGAAGCCGAGCACAG